UUUUAUUUAUAAUAAUCGGGGGAGAAUUAAACACAACACACACGCUCCAUCUCUCUCUCUCUCUCUCUCUCUCUCUCUCUCUCUAGCACAUGCUUUAACCUCCACCAUGACUCUCCAUUCCAGAUCUUAGAGAGGUAUAGGUAGGUCACUACCACUCACACGCACACACACACACGCACACUAUCUCUCUCUCCCCCCUCCUCCGCGAUCGGGGCUCCAUUGCCAAUCUCCAUUGGAGCUCGGAAUCAAAUCUCCGAAGAGAUCUGAUAAUGGAGGUGGGUAGUGUUACUAUGAGCUCUUCCUCCUACCCCCCCAUUCUCAGAUUCGUCUCAAAGCUCGCACCUUUCGCCGCUUCUCUCGUGCUCCUCCUUAUCCUCAACGCUCCUACUUCGACAGAAGCAUUCGACUCUCUCGACCCAAAUGGAAACAUUACCAUUAAAUGGGAUGUUAUGCAGUGGACUCCUGAUGGCUAUGUUGCUGUUGUCACGAUGUUCAAUUUUCAACAAUACCGCCAUAUCCAAGCUCCCGGCUGGACGCUAGGAUGGACAUGGGCCAAAAAGGAAGUCAUUUGGUCAAUGGUCGGGGCCCAAACUACUGAGCAGGGAGAUUGCUCCAAAUUCAAAGGGAACAUCCCUCACUGCUGUAAAAGAGAUCCGACAGUUGUCGAUCUGCUUCCUGGCACUCCGUACAAUAUGCAGAUUGCGAAUUGCUGCAAGGCCGGAGUUAUUAGUUCAUUCAAUCAGGAUCCAGCCAGUGCCGCUAGCUCAUUUCAGGUUAGCGUGGGUCUUGCUGGGACAACAAAUAAGACAGUCAAAUUGCCCAAGAACUUCACACUUAAAGCUCCUGGGCCUGGUUAUACUUGUGGGCUCGCGAAGAUUGUGAAGCCCACUAAGUUUGUUACUCAGGAUGGGAGAAGAACUACCCAGGCUCUAAUGACAUGGAAUGUUACCUGCACAUACUCCCAAUUUCUUGCUCAGAAGACUCCAACAUGCUGUGUAUCUCUCUCAUCUUUCUAUAAUGACACCAUCGUCAAUUGCCCAACAUGCUCUUGUGGCUGCCAAAACAACAAUACUCAACCAGGAAGCUGCGUGGAGGGUGAUUCACCUUAUCUAGCUUCUGCCAUUAAUGGCCCUGGCAAAUAUAGUUACCAGCCUUUGGUUCAGUGCACUUCGCAUAUGUGCCCCAUCAGAGUGCACUGGCACGUGAAGCUUAACUAUAAAGACUACUGGCGAGUGAAGAUCACUAUCACGAACUUCAAUUACCGCAUGAAUUACACCCAGUGGAACUUGGUUGUUCAGCAUCCUAACUUUGAUAAUCUCACCCAACUGUUUAGCUUUAAUUACAAGUCAAUCACUCCUUACGGAGCUGCUAUAAAUGAUACUGCAAUGCUUUGGGGGAUAAAGUUCUAUAAUGAUUUGCUUAUGGAAGCUGGUCCUUAUGGAAACGUGCAGUCCGAACUUCUUUUCAGGAAAGACGCAAAUACCUUCACUUUUGACAAGGGAUGGGCUUAUCCACGCCGCAUUUAUUUCAACGGCGAUAACUGUGUUAUGCCACCUCCAGAUGCAUAUCCAUGGUUGCCUAAUGCUUCACCUCUAUCAAAGAGACCCUUCUCACUUCGUGUUAGGGUCUUUUGGAUGGUCCUCAUGGGCUUGCUGCUUUUUGUAUAAUGAAGGAAAUUAAGCUAUUGGGUAUGUUCCAUGGGAAGUACAACAAGCUUUUUUUGGUGGAUUUUAGAGUCUCAAGCUGGAAAAUUUGCUAAAGGAAUCGGGAUGAAGCUGCUUCAGGUUAUUGCUUGCACUUUGGCCAUGUUGUAUUUAUUGUUCUGUAUACUGAGAAAAUCUCAAUUCAAUGGACUUUGUUACUGCAUUCUGCUAUUGUAUUGUAGUAGAACUUCAUAAUGUACUCAGAGUGUAGUCUAUUUGUAUGACAUUAUUUGUUGUAGGAAAAUGGGGCUGUUUCCAAUAAUGUUUGAUAAGAUUAUUGAACAAGAACUCAAUGUUCAUUGAUGUUGAGGAUUAAGUAUUUUAUUUUAUAAAAUAUAUAAUUUUGAGUAGCUUAA